AUGGAUGCCCUCAAGAACUUCGCCAGCGGUAACUCGCAAAACACUGGCAACACCGGUGCCCAACAGACCGGUGAGAAGAAGGAUAUCGGAGAUAAGAUCGCUGGAUUCUUGAACAAGAAGGAGGGAAACAAAGUCUCCGACUCGCAACUAGAAAGCGGCACAGAUAAGGCUCGCAACUUGUACGAGAAGACGACUGGAAACAAAGUCAACCCUAAGAUUUCCAACUAG